AUAUGGGGACCAAAGUGCAACAUUUUUGUUCGCAAGUCAAAUCGGUGCCGUAAGCAGUAUUCAAUUAUAAAACCCGAUGGAAUCGACGGACUCAAUCAUCAGUCUACUACUACACAGUGUCAGUGCAGUUACCAAGUAUCUCUUCAACAUCGUCGGAAGGCAUCCCUCCAGCUCUACCGGAACCAUGAACAAGUUCAUCAUCUUGGCUCUCUUCGCCGUGGCCGCCGCCAGCGCCAUGCCAAACUACCCAGCCCCGAAGCCAGCUUACCACGCACCGGCCCCAGCUCACCACGCUCCCGCCCCGGCUCAUCAUGCUCCAGCACCAGCCUACGGACACCACGCUCAUCACGCCCCGGCACCAGUGGUCCACACCUACCCAGUGCACGCCCCACACGCCAAGUGCGGAGCUAACCUGCUGGUCGGAUGCGCCCCCAGCGUAGCCCAUGUGCCAUGCGUCCCCGUUAAGCACGGACACGGAUACGGACACGCUCCAGCUCCUCACUACCGCGCUCCGGAAUCCGACUCGUUCGAUCAGUUCGAGGAAUAAGCGGACCAUCAUCGACUGGACAACAGAGGCCCCCAAGAGAGGCCUGAGACGAAUAUACUCGAUUGAAUGAAAAGUGCUGGAAUGGUGUUGAUGUACAAUUACUUGAAGUAAGACGUAUUUAGUUCGA